UCGGUGGCCUCUGCUGCAGUCGUGGGACGCGUCAAGCCCGACAGUAGUGGCGGGGGUUUGGGAGAAGUCCAGACUUGGUGAGGGGUUCCAGUUCCAGAGGAAGGCACGGGCGGCGGAGCUCGACCUGGGAAGAUUUUUCUGCUGACUCUCAUCUUUUUCUGGAAAACUGGAUCCUUCCGACCAUAUGGGGAUGAACCAUAUGGGGAUGAACCAUAUGGAGAUGAACCACAUGGACAGCAACAGUACCAUGCCACCUCACCAUCACCCCACCACCUCCCACUCCCAUGGUGGAGGAGACGGCAUGAUGAUGAUGAUGCCUAUGACCUUCUACUUUGGCUUUAAUAAUGUGGAACUAUUGUUUUCCGGUUUGGUAAUCAACACACCUGGAGAGAUGGCUGGAGCUUUCGUGGCCGUGUUCUUACUAGCAAUGUUUUAUGAAGGACUCAAGAUAGCCAGAGAAGGUCUGCUGCGCAAGUCUCAAGUCAGCAUUCGCUAUAAUUCCAUGCCUGUCCCAGGACCAAAUGGAACCAUCCUGAUGGAGACACACAAAACUGUUGGGCAGCAGAUGCUGAGCUUCCCCCACCUCCUGCAGACAGUGCUGCACAUUAUCCAGGUAGUCGUCAGCUACUUCCUCAUGCUCAUCUUCAUGACCUACAAUGGGUACCUCUGCAUCGCAGUAGCAGCGGGGGCUGGGACGGGAUACUUUCUCUUCAGCUGGAAGAAGGCGGUGGUAGUGGACAUCACAGAGCACUGCCAUUAACAUCAGACUCCACAUGUGGCCUUAUCAAUUGUAUGUAGGAAGCAUCUCGGGACCGGAAGAUGUGAUUCCCUCUCCAAUCAUCCCUUCUCUCUCCUGUCUCUUUAUGCACAAACACUGAAUAGAGGCUUAGUUACAGUCUCUGAGUAGUGGCUUUUCUAAUAAGAUGAAAUUGACAUUUCUCUUGAGAAGCCACCUGUGAGAUGUCUUCUCUCUCAUAAUCCUGAGUCUUGUCUAAUCCAGGUAGCUUCCUAGUUAAUGAUUUGACGAUCUGCUUCUUUUUAUUUUUCUGGGGUUUUUUUUGGGGGGAUGGGGGUACAUUUUUGUUUUAAACAGAUAAAAUGUGUGUUUGGUGGGUGGGGUUCUGGGUCAAUGACAGAAAGGGAUUUUUAACUUCAAACAGAAUUGAUGGUAAUUAGGGACAUCUCACCCAACCCGGGACUUAAAUUUCACACUAGAAAAUAAGCUCCAGUCUUAGUAAGUGGGAAACACAUUGUGCCUUUCUCUAGGUGUGAUGUGUUAUACCAAAAUACUAGUAGUGUGUGGAGCGUGGUUAGGGACUAAAUAUAGCCUAUGGUUUGUGGAGUAUUCUUCCUCACUCACCAACGUUUGUUCCCAUUAACACUUGGAUUAGAAAUGAACUUACCAAUCAAAGCAAAACAGGACAAUCAAUUUGAGAUAACAGAAAUAGAGAUUGUUAAAUAAAACCAUUGCCAUUUUA